AUGCCACCAAAAUCUGAUUGGGAAAAAUACGAAGGAAAUGUCGAAGACAAUGAAAAUAAAGAAAAGAUUGUUGCUUUGGAUGAAGGAGAUAUCAAGCUUUUAAAAACAUAUGGACAAGGCCCUUAUACAAAGGAAUUAAAGACUUUAGAGCAAGACCUUAAGGAUAUUCAAAAGCGUGUUAAUGAACAUAUAGGUGUCAAGGAAUCUGACACAGGUUUAGCUGCUCCCAACUUGUGGGAUAUUCCCGCUGAUAAACAAAGAAUGCAAGAAGAGCAACCUUUACAAGUUGCUCGCUGCACAAAGAUCAUUCAAGGAGAAAAUAAUGAAGAUCCAAAAUAUGUGAUUAAUGUAAAGCAAAUUGCAAAGUUUGUUGUGGAAUUAGUUCGACAUGUCUCUCCAACUGAUAUUGAAGAAGGAAUGCGUGUUGGUGUCGACCGUACAAAAUAUCAAAUUCAAAUCCCUUUGCCACCUAAAAUUGACCCUUCUGUCACGAUGAUGCAGGUAGAAGAAAAGCCAGAUGUUACGUACAGCGAUGUUGGUGGUUGUAAAGAGCAGAUCGAACGUCUUCGUGAAGUAGUUGAGUUACCACUUCUUCAACCUGAGCGAUUUGUAAACCUCGGUAUUGACCCUCCUAAAGGUGUCUUGCUUUAUGGUCCUCCUGGUACAGGUAAAACCCUCUGUGCUCGUGCUGUAGCCAACAGAACGGAUGCUACAUUCAUUCGUGUUAUCGGUUCGGAACUUGUACAAAAGUAUGUUGGUGAAGGUGCACGUAUGGUUCGUGAAUUGUUUGAGAUGGCAAGAACAAAAAAGGCUUGUAUCAUCUUUUUUGACGAAGUAGAUGCUAUUGGUGGCGCUAGAUUUGACGAUGGAGCUGGUGGUGAUAAUGAAGUUCAGCGAACAAUGUUAGAAUUGAUUAAUCAACUAGACGGUUUUGAUCCAAGAGGCAACAUUAAGGUGCUGAUGGCCACAAACAGACCAGACACAUUAGACCCGGCUCUUUUGAGACCUGGUCGUCUGGAUCGUCGUGUAGAGUUUGGUUUACCUGAUUUAGAAGGACGUGCUCAUAUUUUAAAGAUUCACGCAAAAAGCAUGAGCGUCGAAAGAGAUAUCCGUUAUGAAUUGAUUGCUAGAUUAUGUCCAAAUGCUACUGGUGCUGAAUUACGAAGUGUCUGUACAGAGGCUGGUAUGUUUGCUAUUCGUGCAAGAAGAAAGGUUGCUACCGAAAAGGACUUUUUGGAGUCAGUGAAUAAGGUUAUUAAAGGAUACCAGAAAUUCUCCAGUACACCAAAGUAUCUUAUGUGGAAUUAG